AUGCCCAGAUUCGCUCUUUCCGCUCUCUCUGAAGUCUUUGUAUUGGUGCCAUUUCACUUCUAUCUUAUCCAUGUUCGACAUUUACCUGUUCAUCAGCUACACGGAUCACUCGCCUUAAAUUCAAGAAAUAUGCCACGGCAUACCAUUAACAGCCAGGUGGUGAAAACUGAACUUUGUGGUAACGUCCCCAUUCUCUGUCCGACCUUAGGCCCCAUAUUGUACCAAAACGUCGCUCCGACAGACAAUAUCUCUCCUCUCUUAGCUAUUGCUUUCACAGUUCGAUGGUGUCUUUCUACUAUUCCAUUUCCCACCUCACAUUUCUCUGGUCCCUACACAGCAUACUGGGGCCUCUUCGUCCUCACUGACGGCGAAUCACUUUUUGUUUAUAGAGUCAAUGCAUCCACCUUAUUUCUUUUCGAAUUCACAGACACUGCUUUCAUCCAUAAUCCAAAUUUGAACUCUACAAUUAUUCCUGAUUUCCGCUUCACUAUCAUUUCUCUAACACUUUUUGUCCGUGUUCCUCUGCUCUCCUCUACAUCUCGGUCAAGCUGUUUCUGUGCUCUUUGGAGUCUCAGUCAAGCUGUUUCUGUGCUCUUUGGAGUCUCAGUCAAGCUGUUUCUGUGCUCUUUGGAGUCUCAGUCAAGCUGUUUCUGUGCUCUUUGGAGUCUCAGUCAAGCUGUUUCUGUGCUCUUUGGAGUCUCGGUCAAGCUGUUUCUGUGCUCUUUGGAGUCUCGGUCAAGCUGUUUCUGUGCUCUUUGGAGUCUCGGUCAAGCUGUUUCUGUGCUCUUUGGAGUCUCAGUCAAGCUCAUUUUCUGUGCUCUUUGGAGUCUCGGUCAAGCUGUUUCUGUGCUCUUUGGAGUCUCAGUCAAGCUGUUUCGUGCUCUUUGGAGUCUCAGUCAAGCUGUUUCUGUGCUCUUUGGAGUCUCGGUCAAGCUGUUUCUGUGCUCUUUGGGUCUCGGUCAAGCUGUUUCUGUGCUCUUUGGAGUCUCAGUCAAGCUGUUUCUGUGCUCUUUGGAGUCUCGGUCAAGCUGUUUCUGUGCUCUUUGGAGUCUCAGUCAAGCUGUUUCUGUGCUCUUUGGAGUCUCAGUCAAGCUGUUUCUGUGCUCUUUUGAGUCUCAGUCAAGCUGUUUCUGUGCUCUUUGGAGUCUCAGUCAAGCUGUUUCUGUGCUCUUUGGAGUCCUGGUCAAGCUGUUUCUGUGCUCUUUGAGUCUCCGGUCAAGCUGUUUCUGUGCUCUUUGGAGUCUCGGUCAAGCUGUUUCUGUGCUCUUUGGAGUCUCAGUCCAAGCUGUUUCUGUGCUCUUUGGAUUUCUCGGUCAAGCUGUUUCUGUGCUCUUUGGAGUCUCGGUCAAGCUGUUUCUGUGCUCUUUGGAGUCUCGGUCAAGCUGUUUCUGUGCUCUUUGGAGUCUCGGUCAAGCUGUUUCUGUGCUCUUUGGAGUCUCGGUCAAGCUGUUUCUGUGCUCUUUGGAGUCUCUGGUCAAGCUGUUUCUGUGCUCUUUGGAGUCUCGGUCAAGCUGUUUCUGUGCUCUUUGGAGUCUCGGUCAAGCUGUUUCUGUGCUCUUUGAGUCUCGGUCAAGCUGUUUCUGUGCUCUUUGGAGUCUCGGUCAAGCUGUUUCUGUGCUCUUUGGAGUCUCGGUCAAGCUGUUUCUGUGCUCUUUGGAGUCUCGUCUUCAGUCCCCUGGUCUCUCCUUUUUGCUCUUCUGUCUCCCCUCUUUGCUCUUCUGUCUGCCUCUCCUCUUUGCUCUUCUGUCUGCCUCUCCUCUUUGCUCUUCUGUCUGCCUCUCCUCUUUGCUCUUCUGUCUGCCUCUCCUCUUUUGCUCUUCUGUCUGCCUCUCCUCUUUGCUCUUCUGUCUGCCUCUCCUCUUUGCUCUUCUGUCUGCCCUCCUCUUUGCUCUUCUGUCUGCCUGCUUUGCUGUCUGUCUGCCUCUCCUCUUUGCUCUUCUGUCUGCCUCUCUCCUCUUGCUCUUCUGUCUGCCUCCUCCCUCUUUGCUCUUCUGUCUGCCUCUCCUCUUUGCUCUUCUGUCUGCCUCUCCCUCUUUGCUCUUCUGUCUGCCUCUCCUCUUUGCUCUUCUGUCUGCCUCUCCUCUUUGCUCUUCUGUCUGCCCUCCUCUUUGCUCUUCUGUCUGCCUCUCCUCUUUGCUCUUCUGUCUGCCUCUCCUCUUUGCUCUUCUGUCUGCCUCUCCUCUUUGCUCUUCUGUCUGCCUCUCCUCUUUGCUCUUCUGUCUGCCUCUCCUCUUUGCUCUUCUGUCUGCCUCUCCUCUUUGCUCUUCUGUCUGCCUCUCUCUUUGCUCUUCUGUCUGCCUCUCCCUUUGCUCUUCUGUCUGCCUCUCCUCUUUUGCUCUUCUGUCUGCCUCUCCUCUUUGCUCUUCUGUCUGCCUCUCCUCUUUGCUCUUCUGUCUGCCCUCCUCUUUGCUCUUCUGUCUGCCUCUCCUCUUUGCUCUUCUGUCUGCCUCUCCUCUUUGCUCUUCUGUCUGCCUCUCUCUCUCUCUUUUUUGUCUCUGUUACAUUUUUCAUUAG